CCGGCCUGCGAUCGGCGGGACAAGAAAGUCGUUAGCUGCGAAACGAACCUUCCACGAGCUGCUUUGCGUGCACGUGCAGCAAAUCCGUUAAGAGGGUGAGCCCAUUUCGCGCAGUUAUUGCAUAAACCGGUGCGUAGGCGCUGACGUUCAAGCAGGAUCGAUACAUCCAGCAUGGAAGCGCCAGUGGAUGCCGGCAUUUCAGCGACUGAUUCGCGUCCUCGAACUGAUGUGCGUGCUGCCGCGAUGACCUGUUCGAUGUACGUCGAAAACCGUCCUUAACCCGUGCCUGCCCGAAGACCUCUUUAAGGACAGCGCUUCCUGGCUCUUUAAAUGAGGGACAGCGGCGUGGCGAUGGAAUCCUUUUGGACCCGACACCUGCCGGCGUCCGUCAACAGGCAGCUGCUGCCGCUGAAGGCGCACUUCUUUCUCUACCUCGCAGGACAAGCUUGCGUGUUCCCUUACCUGGCUGUGAUUGGGCGACAGAAUGGUAUCAACGCCGCCACGAUCGCCAUCAUCUUCUCACUGACGCCACUGACCGCCGUCAUCAUAAAGCCCGUAUGCGGAUUCGUCAUCGAUCGGACGCAAAACGCCACCGCCGUCAUUGUCUUCCUUCAAGUCGUCUUGGUCAUCUUCCACGGGAUUGUAUUCUGCAGUCCCAGUAUCAAGGCCCACUCCGAUAGUUCGUUCACCGGCUACCUAAACUGCAACUCUAGUCAACUGGUGAUAUCUAACUCAAGUUCAGCCUCUUGCGUCGUCUCCGGUGCUCGUGAAGGCUCUCCGUUUUCCUGCAACCUGACCGUGUUCGAUGAUGCCCGAUCAGUGGACGUCACCGCCACCGGUGCAUCGGACACCGUUGUUAACUUAAAAGGCGUGUCUAGCAUAUGUGGCAAUGUAUCUGCUAGCGGAAGAGUCGCCAAUGAAACCUACGCUGUACUGCGUUGUCCGUGUGAUACCAGUGUGUACAGCGGCAAUUUUUGGAUCUACACCGUAUCGGUCGUUGUCUCGUGGGUGUGCGCGGCAACCCUGUACACAGUUACCGACGCUGCCGUUUGCGAGCUGCUGGGCGACAAGGUGAACGUCUUCGGUCGCCAACGUCUCUGGGGCACCAUUAGUUGGGGUAUUGUGAGCCCGUUGAUUGGGAUGAUGAUCGACGAAGCGAGUAACUCCACCUACACAGACUACAAGCCGGGCUUCUACGUCUUUGUGGUAGUCAUGCUUUUGGACAUACUCCUUCUACUGCGUAUGCCCCGCCUGCGUACGGCAGACUUGUCCCUGAACUUGUUCAAGGAUGUCGCCACCCUGUUCUGCAACGCCGAGAUCGUGCUGUUCACCGCGUGGACAUUCAUAGUGGGUGCCCUGAUCGGUGUCCUCUGGUCUUUCAGCACGUGGUACCUAGAAGACCUGCACGCCUCCAAGCUGAUGAUCGGCCUUAGCAACACCGUGAUGAGCCUGUGCGUCGAGGUUCCGCUCUUCUUCGUCUCAAACACAAUACUCGAGCGCAUCGGGUACUUCUUCUCCUACUCGGCCGCUUUCCUGACGUUCUCGAUAAAGUUCAUCGGCUACUCGUACCUCGUCAACCCCUGGUACGGUCUCAUCGUGGACAUACCUGGCGGCGCCAUCUUUCCUCUGGCCUACUCCGCCAUGACUGUGUUCGCCAAGCGGGCUGCCACGCCUGGCACGACAGCCUCGAUGAUGUGCAUCUUGGGCUCGACUUUGGAAGGUCUUGGCGUUGCAGCCGGCAACAUGCUGGGUGGAAUGAGCAUCGACAGAAUUGGCGCCCGGUUGACAUUCCGCUACCUUGGCUACGUUUCUUCCGGGUGCGCUGUUUUGUGUACUCUGAGCUACCUGUGCCUUCUGCUCCUGGGCCGAGGUCGUUUAGACUCCUCGUGCAGGGGCUACAGCCCAAUCGGAGAAGCUCCGCCUGGCGGGGGCCAAGGGUCACGAGCCGACUGAGGAACGGUAGUGCCCAGCAAGUGUGACAGUGCUGCCAACAAUGAAUGUGUAGAACACACUUACUUCUGACAAUCGGUCGUGGGUUACGAUCUGUGCCUGCCGCUUGCUGCUGUCCAGGGAACAGCUGUGAGGAGAUAUCCACCUGAUCAACCAUCGCCCUCAAAGGGACCAAGGAUCUUCGAGGGCAUUGAAAGGAUCUAUACCACCAGUACUCAGUGACGUGCUAUUCACGGCUUGUUAGCUGCUGAGAAGCCUGUGAACUCAAACCUUCGAAUACUAUAUAUGGAUGCGUGCAUGUCACGUGCGUGUGGUUUUCACGGCAUGCCUUGUCUUGCCAUAACGUUUGGCAUAUCUUACCAUGCGAAUGAUUCGACAUACUUUUCUGGGGAAUCGCUGCAAUGAUGUUGGCAACUGGGCAAACGUCGCUCUCGGAGGAGGCCUCGGGUCUUCGAGGACACUACAGGAAUCUGUUUCAUUACUCGGUCACUUCUAUCAGCACCAUGUGAGCCGUUGAGACACCUCUGAACGGAAAUUCAAGAAUGGUGUUUGGCUGUGUGCGUGUAUUCGUGCCUGUGGUUCUUACUGCAUGCCUCAAUAUAAUAUCUGGCAUAAGGUAUCAUGCGAAGGUACCCCAUCCAUUUUACAUUGCCGAAAAAAAAAACAUGUGCUGAUGUGUCACACUGUGUGCUUUAGCAGUAUGUGCUUAUGUGCUGUGUUGGUAGUUUCGACUUGAGUUAUGCAAGUUCCUUUUCGCUCAGUCCAAGUCUACAUUUUUAAUGGCGUGUAAGUUUCGUGCUCGUUGUUGCAAGUACUGUAGAUCUAUAAGAUUGUUAUAUUUUAGUGGCAUGAAAAGUGGAGCUAUGUUGCUUUCGGCCCGAUCUUGAAAUUUCUUUCUAUCAUCUUCUAAUCCUUUCUGCCGAAAAAUGAUGUCCUUUCGCAAAAUAUGGGCAAAACAGUUCUUCUAUACAUCUAAUUUAAGCUCUAUAGAAAUGCAUAUAUCGAAGCUCAGUGCAAUCGAACUACUCAGGAAGACAGGAGACAUGUGAGAAGAUGAUGCCUUUCGUCGUCCUGAGACUUUUGCUUGCUUCUAAACUCCAAAGCACGCUAGAACAACUGGUCCAACAUUGUGUUUUGCUGAAAAGAAAUUCACUAUAUGUUCGUAAAACGACUGUCGCCUCUGUUUAAUCUCAACAAUGAUGAUGUUAAAUGCGAAAGAAUGGUUGAAUGACUGGACCUCUCUGGAGCUUGCAUUUCUAAAAAGUGAACUGUUUCCUUCGACUGGUCAAGUGUACUUGUGGAAACGUGCUCUCUAGCGACCUUGGCUGUUCAAAUAUUUUUCAUCUUUCUGAAGCUUCAACUGUACCUUUUGACUCUUGUCUUGUUUCGAUAUCAAGAUACCUUACUUUGACCGUUUAAAACUGCCUGUCGCGGUGUUAUGUGCGCAUUGCAUAUAUGUACUGUGCGUAUUGAGAUUGUAAAUUGUGUAUAUAAUGCGGUUGAUGAGGUGACGUGUAUUUUAUAAGGAGUCAGCGAUGUUUGCUUUCCGACGCUAGAUCUUGCGUCAUUGAGUUUCCGACGUGUCCUGAUCGUUAAGAAUUCGGCACUGUCGAAGCGAAGAAGCCUAACGAAAAUUUCGGGAAUAAUAAGAGUGAAGUAUGAUAUUUUCGUUAGUUGUUUAGUUGUUGGCACGUUUGCUCUUUUUUUUUUUUGUGCGGGAGUGCAGCUACUUGUCUAGGCAGUUAUAUCAAGUAUUGAGCAGAAAAAUCUCGCCUACGUCAUGGACAUUUAACUGGGUCUGACUUAUAGAAUCUCACUUGCUCUCAUGCUUUAUUCUUUGCAAUACUUGCCGAUUUGCGUAAACAAUUAUUGGAGUGCGUCAGAUGAACCUUCUUUAGUGCAUAGCCACGCUCGAGAAAUUGCGACGUUGGUUAAUGGGCAGGUGCUUUUGUGUUAAAAUCUUAACUCAUUUUUUUCAUUGUGUAUAAAAAGGAAAUCACCAAGGCUGAACGUUUUUUUUUCUGCAUCUGUACGAAGUUUUCGUUUUUGUAUUGCUCACACCUGCCCAACGCAGCUUUUCUUUAUUUUACGGCAGACACUUGUUUGAAUGCUUAGUUAACCUACUUUAGCAUUCCUUUGUACUAGAGCUCCGUAUUUGUGACGUGCUUUGUGUCUAACGUUUAUAAAUGAUAUUGUUUCGCGCGUGUCUACCUGUUAGAUAGAGAUGAAUGCGCGUUGUCUUGAAGAAUCGCUUGUUUCUAAGACUUACGGUUUUUACAGUGUUGUUAACUUGGUGAACUUAGUGACCAGGUUCCACAGUCAUCCUUUUUUUUACAUUUCGUGUGUAAGUUAAUGCUACGUUUUCUUCCCGAGUGCAGCUGCUUUACUAUAAGUGCGUGAAAGUUUAGCACUAAAUAAAGAUUCAUUUUUCUUUGGAGAA